AAGAGUUGUUUCGCGUUCCACAUUGUUUUUUGCAUUUUGUAUUUUUUCCUCUCGUAAUUUUAUGAUCUGUGCAAUUUUGCUGAAAACUAAUGAAACUAUGCAGCAACAUUAAUAACAACAGGCGAGACAACAAAAGUCAACAACAGCAAUUACGAGUGCUUCGUACCAGCCCAUUACGACCAGAGGAAGUGCAGCUGCACGCUUCAGGAUGUCUGGGGCCACUCACAUGGCGCUGCCGGCGCAUGCAGUCGGCGCUGGGUCAGCGGGCUCCGCUGUGAACCUGCCCAGCCUGGGCAAGCGGGGACACAAGCGUUCCGUGUCGCUGGAGAACAAUGCGCCGCUGACGCUGCGCAGCACGCCGAGCCUGAGCAGCAUGGGGCAGACGACGCUGGGAUCACCGUUGCCGCUGCUACAGCUGCCACAGCACGGGGCACUGCACACGGGCACACUGAAGUCGCGGCAGGAGCAGCGGCGUCUCAGCCAGAAGUUCAGCAGCCACAGCAAUCUGGACGACGAGACACUCAGCGGGCCGCAGAUGCGCAGCAAGUUCCAGAACAUCCGGCAAAUGUUCGAGCUGAGCCGCAGCUGUGUGGCCAGCGCCGGGGAGCUGGGCGAUGGCAAGUCAGCCGAGGAUGCGCUGCAGUCGCUGCCAGCUAUGCUCGGCCAGCAGACGCCAACGGUGCGCCGCACCACGCCCAUUGCAGCCGGAAGCCGUUUGGCCAUUAGUGAACAGCUCUCGCAGUCCCACCAGCCGGGCGAGGCCAAAGAACAGCCAAACGGUGCCGGCAACUUUCUGCGUCCGAUUGCCUUCAAGCCGAUACCAUUCGAGCCGGACUAUCGCAUUGCCGCCCAGCAGCAGCAGCAGCACCAGCAGCAGCAGCAGCAGCAGCAGCAGCAACAGCAGCAGCAGCAACAGCAGCAGCAACAGCAGCUGAAACAGCAGCAGGCAGCCGCCCAGCAGGCGGUGCCAGGCGAGCGUUACGGCUACGGCUCGACACCCUCCUUGGCACCGCUCCCAACGACGUCCACACACAAGUUUGGAAGCACAACAGAUCUGCGUCACUUGGCGGCGCGCCGACGCGGCCAUCGCGUUGUCCAGCGCGUCAGCAAUGAGGACGGACUUGGCCUUGGGCUAGGCCUGGGCCUGGGUCUGGGUCUGGGUCUCGAGUGUCUAUCCGGCCUGGAUAGGCCGGAUGGCGGCAGCAGCAAGGGCAACGCCGUGGCAGGUGCCAGCGAUCUGACGCCCUCGCCCUCGGACUCUGGCAUAUCGGAGCUGGAGGCAGCGCUCAAGGAUCGCGACUCGGAGCUGUCGUACCUGCGACAGGCAAUGGAACAGAAUGAGAAAGUAAUUUUCAAAGUCCAAAAGGACAAGGAGGUAUACUGGGAGCACGAGACACAGCGCCUGAAGCUCUUCUUUGAGAGCCAGCAGCGCGAGUAUCAUCUGAAGUUCAAGAAAAUGGAGCAGCUGCUCGCCCUGCAGCAGUUCCAGCUGAAGCAGCACAAUUUGCGCCAAUCGGAGCAGCUGCAGAAGCUGCAGCAGCAGCUCGACAUGACCCGCAGCAGCAACAAGAGCCUCAAGAACUCCGAACAGCAGCUUCAAUGCUCCGCCCAGGAGCUCAACCAGCAGCUAAACGAGGCCCAUCAAACAAUAUCCGCGCUGCGUGUCCAGCUGGAGGACAGCGAAUGGAAGGUCUGCGAACGCAACGGCGAAAUAGCUUUACUCAAGACGCAGCUGAAGGAGGCGCAUCUUGAAAUCAAUAUGAAGGAUCAUACAAUUGUCAGCCUGAGACACAGCAAUAUGAACAACAACAACAACAACAACAGUAACAACAACAAUUGUCAGACAACCACAUGCCAAAGUCAACCAAAGCAACAGGCGAAGGAAGCACCACAGCCCAAGGACCCAGAGCAGGAGCAACAGCUGCAGCAGCUGAACAAGAUCAUAGCCCUGAAGGAUCAGGUGAUUGGCGCGCUAACCAACGAGCUGGCCAAGCUGCGCAAGGAGCUCUCCGAUCUGGCCAUUGCGCAUGAGUACGGCGAGGAGCCGUGCGGCCGUUACACGCGCCUCAAGCAGCAGCUGGACAAUCUGAACGAGAUCUGCCAGAAGACGCACAAGUACACGAGGCAGGCGGCCGGGCCAGUGCAGUUGGACGCCAUCAUGGAGCGACUGCAGCUGGAUCAGGGCCAGCCGGCGCAGCAAGCGCUAGACACACUGAUCGAGGAGUCGACCACCUAUGCCGAGGACAUAGCCAAGCUGCGGCAGAAGCUCGACGAUUUUCGCAUCAAUCUGGAGCUGGAAAAGCGUCAAUGGUGCGCCGAAAAGGACAAGGUGCUGGGCUAUCAAAAGCAGCUGCAGGCCCACUACAUUCACAUGUACCAGAAGCUGCGCUGCCUGGACAAUGCGGCCACAAAUGCAGCGGCAUCAACGCCCCCGCCGCCACCGCCGCUGCCCGCAGCCGAGGUGAGCAGCCAGCUGGGCUGACGACAUUUGCAACUAAUUGAAUCGUUGCUGCUGCUUGGUGCUGCUAGACACUGCUGAUAAAAUAAGUUAAUUUGUUUUGUCAUUUUUAGUGUCAAUUAGUUUGUUACGACAGCAAAACCCAAACAGAUGCUUCCGAACCAUUAUAAUUCAAAACGUGACUCGACACGCUCGAAGCAGCUCGAAGAGUUGUGUCUGGCUUUAGCUGGCCUGAGUCAACAAAAUCGUUUAGCUGCGACUUCUACUAUCUAUAAUUAUAUAUGUCUUUAUAUAUAUAUAUCUUGCCUGUCUACUUUAAUAAUAAAUGACUGCAUUUAUGCUAGGCCCAGUCCCCAUCUAACAUCAAGAAUUUAAUAAUAUUUAACUAUUAUAAAAAAAAACAUUUACUUUGAAGCAACUGGCAUAAAUGUAGCGAAG